UGCCUAAGUUUGCACGUUCCAGGGUCUGUCUUCAAACGUCAGCUGACUUGCCACGGUUUGUUUUGUUCAUCACUGUUGUUCUCACAUAUCCCUGAGUUGUGAGAACCAUCUCUCUGUUCUUCUCGUAUUUUAUGUCUUCCUUUUGGGGGAGGGGGAAGAGGAGUUGACCAAUUGCUAGCAGCUGUUACUCCUUUCACAAUAGGGCCGCCUCUCGAGCCCAGUGUGUGCGAGUGUGACUGAGAGUUGAGUUGUUAAAGCAGGCACACUGCUGCUCGACUUCACCCUUCUCCGCUUGACAGGAUUUCCCUUUCAGAAGUCCUGGUGGUGCCGGGAGACUCCAACGUAUGAAAGCCGGAGCUCAAAACCUACUAAUUAAUUGGCAACGACCCUCCCAACCCUUUCCCUUGAGGAGCACUUUUAAACCCCAGUUUCAUCAAAACACUUCAACCGCUUCAACCCUUCCUCAGGAGAACGCUCAUGUGCUUACAAGGUGACCAGAUGUUCUGGGGAACACAGACUUGCAACACAAGGAAAGUAGCACGAUGACAGGCCGGCUGCCCUCGAGGCUUGUGCUGUGGUUCAUAGGGUUGUUGGGUGUCGCGUUAUUGACAUUAUUCCUGGUUUGCGUGACUAUGCAGAAUCAGGUGCCAUGGCAAGUGAUGAGUCUGCAAAACUUCAGGUUUUUUUCUGACAAGAAUAACAGCAUUUCUUUGAAAAAUCAACCAUCUUCUGAGAAUGAACUGGAGCAAAAUUCAUUGCAGAAAUCAGAUGUUCAGAAUUCAUUGCAGAAAUCAGAUGUUCAGAAUUCAUUGCAGAAAUCAGAUGUUCAGAAUUCAUUGCAGAAAUCAGAUGUUCAGAAUUCAUUGCAGAAAUCAGAUGUUCAGAAUUCAUUGCAGAAAUCAGAUGUUCAGAAUUCAUUGCAGAAAUCAGAUGUUCAGAAUUCAUUGCAGAAAUCAGAUGUUCAGAAUUCAUUGCAGAAAUCAGAUGUUCAGAAUUCAUUGCAGAAACCAGAUGUUCAGAAUUCAUUUCAGAAACCAGAUGUUAUGAAAUCAUUGCAGAAAUCAGAUGUUAUGAAAUCAUUGCAGAAAUCAGAUGUUCAGAAUUCAUUGCAGAAAUCAGAUGUUCAGAAUUCAUUGCAGAAAUCAGAUGUUCAGAAUUCAUUGCAGAAAUCAGAUGUUCAGAAUUCAUUGCAGAAAUCAGAUGUUCAGAAUUCAUUGCAGAAAUCAGAUGUUCAGAAUUCAUUGCAGAAAUCAGAUUUUCAGAAUUCAUUGCAGAAAUCAGUGUCAGGAAAUGAUGCAAAGUCUGAUCAAGCAAAUUCAAUCACAAUCUCCUUAAAACCAGUGCCAAAACCCACUGAGACUGACUUUUUUGGUGACCAGUAUGCCACAGAUGACUUUCCUUCACAAACCAACUGUCCCAACAAUAUUAGGAAGCGUGUGCCUCAGACUCAAUUUGCUGAGAUGUUUCUGCACGAUAUUCCAGUGCUCCAAUGGGCAAAGCAUUUUAGUCCAGAAGAGUACCAGCGGUUGAGUCACUUUAGUGGAGCACACGGCUGGGGAAGUGUCAAAGCUGAAGUUUUGAAUAGCUCACUGGCAAUUUUAAAUAAAACUGCAAAUCGGAUGAUGUUUGAUGACUGGGAUAAUAGAGCAGACCGAUCUGAGUGCAUUCGCUGCGCUGUGGUGGGAAAUGGGGGAAUACUGAAUGGUUCAAGGAAAGGCAAGGAGAUCGAUGACCAUCACUACGUCUUUAGGGUAAAUGGUGCGGCUCUUAAAGGGUUUGAGGAUGAUGUGGGAUCCCGGACUUCCUUCUACACAUUCUCAACCAACACCAUGCGAAACUCCAUAUAUAGCUAUGCUCACAUAGGCUACAGAGGGCCACCUAUAUCCAAGGAAACCAGGUACAUAUUCCUGCCAGACCAUGACCGAGAUUAUAUUCUUAUGAAGGCGGCUUCCACACACACAGCAAUUGAUCAAGGCCCUGAGCGCAGCAAAAAGCCCCCUGCAUACUUUGGUGAAGAUGUGACUGUUGAAAAAUUCAAAAUCUACCACCCAGACUUUAUCCGCUACCUCCGAAACAGGUUCCUGCAUUCAAACCUUCUGAAAACAAACGCGAGAGGAAUUUACAGGCCGUCAACAGGAGCAGUGAUGCUCCUAGCUGCUAUUCAUACAUGUGACCAGGUUGAUGCUUACGGGUUCAUGACCCCUGACUACAUUUUGUAUUCAGACCACUACUACGACAAACAGCGCCAUGAAGUGCAUUUCUAUGCCAAUCAUGACAUGCGAAUGGAAAUGAGGUUGUGGCAAGAGCUGCAUAAUGCCGGUCUGAUCAAUCUCUUCAUGCGCCGAUAAGCACAUAUGGAUGGACGCUACACACUGUAUAACGUGUUUUUUAUUGUGAGAAGAACUGAAAAACCUCUGGUAGGUGUGUGAAGGACAAGCCUGUUAUUCCCCCAAUGGUAUUAGACAUAUUUGCCUUCUGAAGGAAAAGUUAAUAACUGUUGUUCAACAAAAAACUACGUGCAGAGGCUAUGUAGUCAACACUUUAGAUUGAUUGUCUUUUGAGUCAAUUCACGAGAGACAAAUGGCUGACAUGUGUUUUAGGGAGAGGCCUUGUAAACAUCGAUAUAGUGUUCAGGAAUGACUGAAUAACUCUUGUGUUCUCGGCUGCUGUUUGUUCACACAUAUUGAGUCAUUUCACAUCGAGGCUGGGCAGGAUGAAUCAUGGUCUUAAUUUGGGCCACGUACAAAGAUUCUGUAAUAAGUGCCUUAAUACUUCUCAAACGCUGGACUGUCAUGGCGUGUGAGAAACAGCGAUUCAGAGAACACUACGUGAAAAAUACUCAACCAAAGAGAAUAAUUUAAAUGAUUUUAUUUUUAAUUCUUAAUCCUAUUUUUAACAUUGCGUGCGAGUAUAAAUGUUUCUAGGUGGUCCGUUCAAAAUGUACCUGUUGCCAUGUUGCAUCACGUGGAAAUGAAGAAGUUUUUGUUUUUAAGAGACUUUUUAUGCUUGGGCUGUAAUGUUUACAGCUUAACUUUACUUGGAAGCUUUAAAGUGCAAUAGCUAAUGGCUCACAAUCUGUUUGAAUCAAAAUGUGAAUUUCUUUUGUGAUUUGUUUGAUUCUGCUAUGGUGUGUUUGGUCACUUGAUGCUAUCUCAUGAUUGUAUUUAACAAAUUCUUUACCAAAUAAUUGAACUGCUAUGUUCACUCAAAUUAACUGGUGUCGAGGAUCACCACACUCCUGGUUCACGAGUUCAUAAAUCAUUCCAACUUUAAUAAAAAUAUUUUUGGAAACAAAUGCUAGUAACAGAGAUUGAACGAUGGUCCUAAAGCAAGGGUGUAUUUUAAACUCAUAAUAAAUCCUUUGAAAUGGUGUUGUUGAUUUAAAAAUGA